ACGAAAAAAAUCCCUGAUGUCAUGAGCAGCGGAAUGGCGUGUUGUUGUUUACUGAAUGUGGACUCUCAGCACAGCUGAUCGUGCCUGGUUGUAGUCCUGCAGCGAUGCUAGGUUGAGAGAAGCACGAUGCCGUGGUUUGGCUGGUCAGAGGGCAUCAAAAAUCGGGCCUGCCGGUACCUGCUGCAUCAUUACGGAGGCCCCUUUCUCCUAGAAAAGCUGAGCCUCGAUCAACUCUCGGUGGACCUCUACAAAGGCAAGGGCCGAAUUACAAACGUCUGCCUCGAUGUCAAGGGCCUCAAUGAGUUGGGCGAGAAGUUCAACCUUCCCGUCCGCUUCGUGGAGGGCUACAUCUCGUCCAUUGAGGUGGCCAUACCAUGGUCCAGGCCACUCACGGACAACAGUGUCGUCGAGCUCGACGGACUCAUGCUCACCGUACAGCCCAAAGAAAGGAUCGAAGACGCAUCCAUGUUUGAACCCAUGUGGGGCAGCAUGAUGUCGAGCAUGCAGCUGGCCGAGGAGUACCUGAAGCAGGAGCCCCUGGACGCUGAGAAGGAGGCGCCCGCGGCUGCCGAACCUUUUACUGGCCUCGAGCAGUUUGCUCAGGCCAUCGAAACUGUGUUCUGCCGGAUCAAGGUGAAGCUGACCAACACCAUCAUCAGGGUAGACCAUUUUCCCGAGCCCUCUUCAAAGCAAGGCAUUGCGCUAGAGCUGCGCAUUGCAUCUAUGGACUACUUCGACGAAGAGUCGGCCGAGGUUGGCGAGAUUGCUGGCGAGCGGAUAGCCCAGCGGGUUCGGGAGCGCUUCUCGGUCUCUACCAAGAGGAUAAUCCUCAAUGGAACAAGCCUCUUCACGGACGAGUUCUCGUUGUCAAGGAACCCAUCUGAGGUGCUUGCAAAGUUGCCUGCAGAGAGUAAUGAGCCCCAGGAAAUGCUGUUGGGGUGUGCUGGAGCCUCACCGCCACUUGCCCCUCCCCACCAGGAAGCCCCCCCGCCACCCCUUGUGGAGCCCAUCCCCAUCUGUCGACUAACGGGCCAGCAGGAGAUAAAGCUGCAGCUCAAGCAGGACGAGGCGCUCGAGGGCUCUGGCGUUGACAUCGAGUUCAGUCUGGGUCAACUUGCCUUCUUUCUGCGCCCGAGGCAGGUUCACCUGCUCCUUCAAAUAGCCAAGGGAUUCACAAGCCCCACCUCUGGGAAUGAUGACCUCUCCGGCAGUCUGAAAGAACGGCACUACAAGUGCACACCAAUGGAGCCACACCACUACACGAUAGUCGAGCAGGACCUCCAGCGGCAGCUCCUGAACCAGAAGCCCCGGCCCUCGCGGUCCCUAGGUGCGAACAUGGGCUGGUCUACGAGUUCGUCAGUCUGCCUCUCUGAGCCGGAGGACGAGUACAUGCCGAUGACGAAUCAGCGUGCCUUCUACGAGAGUGGCAGUGUUGCCUCCUCGGACAUGGACUCCUCUGUAACAAGUAGCAUCCACAGUUCCUACUCGAAGCCAAGAAAGAGGUCAAAAGGAAAAAGGCGAUCGUCUCAAGGUUAUCUCGACGACGUGCUCAUGGAGUCAACCCACUUCCGGGUGCACUGCAGCGCAGUGUGCGUCGUUAUCCUCCACGACGAUGUUGCGGGUGUCACAAGCGGCAACUGGCGCCGGGUCCCCAAUCCGGCGUCCUGUCUGUCACCCAAGACGGUGGCCAUGAUGCACUCGCAGGCCGAGACCUUCUUCCGGGCCCUCGCGGGACAGAACCUGCGGGAGCUCAAGGCUGUUCACAGCCUCUUACCCAAGAUCUGUCGGUCAGAUCAUCUGUGGAUUAAUGGAACACCCGUGACGCUAGAAGGCACGCAGAGGUCGUCGUCGUCACAGUGGUCACUCGGCUUCCAGCUCUCCGUGGUGGAGAUGGAGGUGGCCGAGUGCCUGUUCAGCCGUAGGUCGAACGUCGAAGGGGAGAAUGCGUCGCUACAAGACGCUGAUGUCACUGAUAUUCUCUCCUACUUCGAAAGUGAAGACACCAAGAAGAAGCCUUCCGAGGCGGAGCCCUUUCUGAGGCUAAAGUACGAAUACCCAAAGAUAACACCACAGACUCGGACAGGCAGGGACCAAACGACCGGCAUCAGCUUGGAGCUGCUGCCAGCGCAGAUCGAGCUGGACAGGUCCCUAGAGGACCGCAUCCACGCGCUGCUCUACCCUCCUCCACAUUUCUCUUCCACCAGCGAGAAGAAAAACGACAUCUGGAGCAUGUCGGUCAACCAAGACAAUCAGGGUUCUAGUCCCACAGUGGCCAGGACCAGCAUCACGUUACGGAGCCCUUUCAUCAAGGCCAACUUAAGGUUUCCUAUUCCAGAUGUGCGGCCGCUGCAAGAAGUGCUCCGCGAGGCUUGGUGGGAAAAGAACCUGAGGCCGGACAUCCUGUCGGUGGAGCUGUUGGAGCCGACGCUGUCCACGACACUCGUUGCAGAUGAGAACGAGGACCUUAACCUGGUUAUAGACUGCAAGGAGGCACAUCUGUUCUACAAAGAGUCCCAGCUCUCAAAACCAGUGCCAUUUGCAAGGGUGUUUCGAGAUCCCAAUGUGAAAGAGGAGGACUUUGACUUGCCCAGCCUGAAGAUCUCCAUCAGUCCCAGCAACGAACCUUCGCCGCUGGAGACGGAACUGUGCGAGGAGAGCUUGCUGCCAUCCACGAUGUUUGAGACGCUGCGGAUGACUCAGCAGAAAGACGCGGGCUCACCCUUCACCGUCCACUGCCUCUGCUAUGACAACAACGAGAUCAGCCCUCCGCGCACGACGCGGCUGCAGGAGCAACAGCAGCGACAGGAGGCCCAGGAAAACGCCGAGAGUGACAAGUUGGUGCAGCCCGGUGACAAGGCGACACUUCGCUCCUUCAUUGACAAGACGGCCAGCAACUGCCGCAUUCAGCUGGAGUUCCUGCUGCCGUCGCUGGAGGUGACCAUGCCUGACAAGCGGUUCUACGAACUCAUUUACAACCGGCUCACCAUGGACUUAGUCCUGUGGGAACCGGUCAUCGCUAGGCUCAGGGCAAGCGGAGACUCCUCGCUCGUUGCCCCUGGCGGCGAUGGUGCUGCCUUCUUUCCCGAGAUACGGGUCCCCGGCCAUCUUGCCCAGCAAAGCUCGGUGUUCCAGGAGUUUCACAUGUGCCGGUCGGGGAACAUGCUUGGUGAGUCGAGAAGUGGCAGGGAGUUGUGCCUCUUGAAGUGGGUUUUUAAAUGCGUAAUCGUACUUGAACGGAAACGACUCGUGGGUUUCACUGUUCUGUCUAUUGUUGAGCUCUUGGGACAUGUGGGCCACUUACGACACACGGCUCGUAGAGCUUUCGCGCGUGGACUUUGUUUGAUCAUCACUAAUCAAUCACUUUCUGUUUUAGAGGAUGGCGGCGAUGAAUGGCAGUGCAGACCCCAUAGUUUUUUUUUUCCCCCUAUUGUCAUUGAUGCCAUUGUUUAUUUUUUGCAGAGUCAGGACAAUGAGUCUGAUGAUGCACCAUCAAUGUUCCACUCGGUGUACGACAACCAGAGGCGAUCAACAGUCCGUCUUGACCGCUCGCAUCUUCAAUCAAGGGUCGUGCCCUGUCGAAGUUGGCAGACUCAGCUCGUCAUCAACAUCCACAUCACUGAGGGGCUUGCAACUCUCAAGACACCGCUGAGGGAUGCAGAAGGCAAGGUGAUGUCGAAGUUCCACGGCAACCUGCGCGUUUCUGUCAAGGAUGCGCAGUUGUUUGUCAGCAGCAGUCACCACGGCGACCCAGACCUCAACUAUGUCAUCUUCACUGCGGGCACAGCCAGUCUUGAUCACCAAGGACAAGUGUGCUCCAUUUGGGAGCGGACACUGCUGCCCGUCCUGUACAGGUCCGGUGACGGCAUGACAUCCACGAAGCUGCCGUCUUUUUUGAGCCCCGAUCUGGAAGCUGCCGACAUGCUCUCGCUAGUCAUUGAAACCCGUGCAGACCCAUUGCAAGGUGUCAAGACAAUCAAGGUCGCAGUGGGUGUUAGUGACACCACGCUAAGGCACCGCAUGGCUCCACUACGACGCAGCUGGGUCAAGCAAUUCCUCGACUUCUUCGACGUUGUCGACGAGGAAGUUCAGGGCUACCAGCCGCUCGGCGUGGUCACCGAGUUCCACCUUACCCUCUCCAGCUGUGCCAUUGACUACAGGCCCUUGCACAUACCUUACCAGACACUAGUGUCGAUGGAGAGCUUCAGUAUAUCAAGCAACAUCACUGCCAACACGACCACCUCACAGCUCAGAAUCAUCGCAGAGGAAGUCUUCCUCUACAUCUCCGACAAGGUGUCCAAGGAUGACCCGCCCGACUUGGCCAAUGGUUACGUUUGUGUGGCGGACACGGAUUUGUUUGACAUCUCCGUCCGUACGACUGACAUGCCAGGACAGCGGGUGUCCAUUAAGAUGAAGGCCUCGAACAACAUCACCAACUUGAGGACUUGCGUGGACUCCUGCCAGGCACUGCAGGCUCUGCUGACGUACCUCGCGAGCGACGGAGACCUUGUCGGCAACCCGAGCCCCCCUUCUGAGCCAAGCUCUUGUGGUGGCGGCUCUGGUCCCGUCCUUGUCGAGCAUCUUGGCAGUGUCACUGGGAUGAUGGCAGACCACUUCCAGACCCUCGUGGCCGAGGCCAUGCGCGAGUCUAGCAGCUCCUCAUCAAGUUCGCAAGGUCCAAACACUGAGGAUGAUUCGCCGGCUUCUCUCAUCCAAGCUGAAAACGAGGACGACAGUGACGACGCAUUUCGGGAUGCUAGGUGCGACGAUGAGUUCCGCUACGAUGUCGACAAUCUGCGGAAUGCGCGACAGGAUGUCGAUUUUUCGCCAGUGAUGCAUGAAAACGAAGUUGACAAUCUCCGGAUGAGCACCACAUCCUCGCGAAGCUGUGCGGAGUCCAACGGGACGUUGGCGAUUGAAUCUUCAUGCUCCGACGAGGAGUUCUGCAUCCUGGAAGAUGACCCUGGCGUGGGAAUUUUGCCUCGCAGUGGCGAACCCCAGAUUCGCGUGCUUGUCUCGGAGCCGCUCGAGGUGCACGAGAACUACUUCUCGACUGCUGCUCGCAACACCGACCAGCUGCGAGCUCCGCGCAACUUUCCCGAGGCCGUCCAGAAGUACACGCUGCGGGAGAUGACCCUGGUCUGGCACAUGUACGGCGGCUGCGACUUCGAGAGCGGCAUCACUCCCAACGCAUCCAGGCCUGCCGAGAAAAGCACUGGUCACUGGGACGACGGAACAGAAGAAUGCUACGCAAAUGUUGUGCUGGAGCCCGUUAUCGGCAAUGCGAGCUACAGCAGGGAUGGUCCGCCAGCCAUCGAGUUGCUGCCGUUCAAGCCGCAGUCCCCACCGCAGACUCCCCGGCACCGAAGGGCUCAAAAGGGCGGUCCUGGCAGACGUGAGGACGUGCUCAUGGAACUGCACAUGAACAAGAUCCGAUUCCAACACGAGGUGUACCCGGAGGGCACGUACUACGCGUCGCGCCAGGUCCUGCUCAUCCAGGAUGUCGAAGUGUGUGACCGGCUGGCCUCGUCGCGCAUCAACAAGUUCCUCUAUCAGUACGCCUCGGAGGCUAAGCCACGGCAGUCCCAUGCCAACAUGGUGAGCGUCAAGUGCGUACGUGUCAGACCUGACCUCAAGGCUCCGUGCACUGAGGAGUGCCAAAUAAGAGUGUCGGUCAAGCCACUGAGGAUCAACGCUGACCAGGAUGCUGUGCUGUUCCUGGUUCAGUUCUUCACAGGCUUGGGCUCAAACCCACCGGUCUCUCCAACCUCGCCACGAGCUGAUUCUCCGGAGUUUGCGACAGCAAGAGCUGCAGAAGUCAGGCAUGCGUCUGCUAGCGCAGCGAACAGCCUGACGUCAGCCGACCCUGGGCGACACGUGGCCUUCGCAAAUGACGAGCCCUACCCACCUGAGCGCAUCGUCUCGCCAACGAGCUCAAGUUCCAAUUCUAUCCCUAUGCCAAUGUACAUAAGGUCGUUUGUGUUCACACCAGACGUCCCCAUUCGGAUAGAUUACCACGGCAAGAGGGUUCUCAUGGAACAGGGAGCACUGGCAGGCCUGUUGAUGGGCCUGGGUCAACUGAACUGCCUAGAGAUCACCCUGAAAAAGCUACAAACAAGGCAGGGGUUGCUGGGCUUCGACAAGCUGGUCGCCUUUGCGAUCAACGAGUGGCUCAAUGACAUCAAGAAGAACCAGGUGCCCAGCGUGCUCGGCGGAGUGGGUCCCAUGCACUCGUUCGUGCAGCUUUUCAGCGGCCUGCGGGACCUGGUGUGGAUGCCCGUGGAACAGUACCGACGAGACGGCCGCAUUGUGCGAGGCCUGCAGCGGGGAGCCAACUCCUUCACCAUCUCGACUGCUAUGGCCUGCCUCGAGCUCACGAACAAGCUCGUCCAGACCGUGCAGGGUGUUGCCGAGCUGGCGUAUGACAUGCUGUCACCAGGCCCCAGCAUGCUUGUGGAAUCUCACAACCGGCGCCACCGUGCCGUCCCCAACAACUUGCCUGUCGACAUUCGAGAAGGGGUCAACAAUGCCUACCAAGUGGUUACAGAGGGACUGGGAGACACGGCACGCACGUUGGUGAAAGCGGCUUCGCAGGAGCACCGCCAGAAGGGGGUCAGCGGGGCCGUCGGGGGGCUGCUGCGACAGAUUCCGCCCACCAUGGCUGCAGGCAUCAUCGUUGCCACCGAGGCGACUUCGACAGUGCUCGGUGGCGUGCGCAACCAGAUUCAGCCCGACGCGCGGCGCGAGGACAUUCAGAAGUGGCGGCAGCGCCUGCCACCCAAGUCGACAGGAGCCGCAGCCACGGCGUCUGCUUCAGCCCUAGCCGCCGCAUCAAGAUAGGAGUUGCGGCCGGAGACAGCGGCGCUGGGACGGUGUAUUCUCUUGGCGACACGAGGAGCCUGUAAAUACGUUCUGCCUUCCUCGUCGGUCGUCGCCUUUUGAUAUCAAAGCCUCCCCCCGCUGCUAGUUUUUUAAUGUAAUGUUUCAAUUGUUUUUAAAGCGCUCUCUGGUGCCUCUGUGUAGGCAAUUGUGAAACAGAGAAAUGAAAGCCAUGCUCAGAUGAUGUGUGUCCGAAGCUUCGGUUUAUUUUUUUGUUGCAUGUGUGUGUGUGUGUCCUACUUUUCCCAUUUUUUUUUUUCAAAUGCACAUGCAACAUUGUUUUUUUGUUUUUUUUUUCUUGUGUGUGUGUGCUCAAUUUUUUACUGGGAAUGCGAAGGCAAGUGGCAGCAUCAAGGGAUUCUGGGGGCCGUGCUUUGAGCCAGUCUCUUGACGAUCGGUGACACAGCGUCAAUCGCUUGUGUACCAGUGACUUUGCAUUACACUCGUUACUAGCUCCACGAUAUACAAAUUAAUCUAACAAUGCCUCUGAUGCCUCUGGGCAUCAUUUUACAAUGCCUGUAGGCAUCAUUGCCUUUGUGUGCAAUUUAUGAGGCAGCUCGUGAAGCUAGUUGACUCGCAGUGCUGGUUCGCCUUCUGUUCUAGUUAUAGUCCUUUCACACGGUCACCUUUGCACGGGCUAUUUGAUCAUUGUGAUGGCAGCAUCUGGUCACAUGCCUUGCGAGACACCUGGUACUUUUGUGCAAAGGAACACCUGCCAGAACAGAAGGCAAGUAGGUCACCAUCGAUGCUUUAGAGGAAGUGGCAGACUCGAUGCACGGCAACACCAUCUGGUGUGCGAGCUUCUGUUUCAUUCUAGCAGUCAACGGUGGUCUUAGAAAAGAUCACUGGAGAGCUUACAUUUAUUUUGAUCUCUGUACGUGCCACAGUUUAGAUGGCGAGACUGCUGUUGGGAAUGUUUUUUUUUUUUUUUUUAGCUAGCUUUGUUUAUUUUCUUCAGACUUGAAGGGACCUUGGAGUGGUUUUCGGUUUUCUUUGCAAGGUGUUAACUGUGAGGUGUGGUCAUGACUGUCUGAGCAGUAUAUUGCUACGUGUGCAAUACAAUAAUUAAAAUUUGUGAUGUCAUUAAACAAGGAAUUUCUUUAACCUACCCUUGUCCCCUCCUGAUAUUCACUCCGGCGUUGCAGCUUGUUUGCAAUAAGCAUCCAGUCACGAUGCGAAAGUUGUGAUGUAAACCACCUAAUCGUUAACAUCGCACGCCAUGCAAAUCAUGAAGUUCCCCAAAGUGAACACAUUUGGAGGUGAAUCUAAAUUUCCGCAGCAAACUUGCAUGCCAGCAACAAGACGUGCAUAGCUCCAACAGUCAUGACCAAGUGCUUGAUCAAUUCUGAUAAUCUAACAGCACUAGUAAGAGCCACUUCAAAGUUCCUUGAAGAACCUACUGCCAUUUAGUUAUGAAGACACACACACGCAAGUAAUUCUGUGCAUGCAUAAACAAGCAGAAGCCUUUACACGUGGACUCUAUUUCUUUUUUGUUUUUUUUUACUCUGAGCAUGACUUUUUCUUUACAGCUACUGUUGGCUGGAUUGUAAAUAAAAGCUAUGAAAUUGUGAA